AUGCACAACUCAUCUCUCUUCGAGCCUGGAGGGGGCAAUGUGUCCUGCGGCAGCUCAGCUGCUGUCUGUCCCAACGGGUCAAGCCCGGAGCCACUGCCGCUGCCGCAACCACUGGCGAUAGCAGUGCCCGUCGUCUACGCGGUGAUAUGCGUCGUGGGACUCGCUGGCAACUCCGCGGUACUAUACGUCCUGCUUCGCGCGCCGCGCAUGAAGACUGUCACCAACGUGUUCAUCCUCAACCUGGCUAUCGCAGACGAGCUCUUCACUCUCGUGCUGCCCAUCAACAUAGCGGACUUCUUGCUGAGGCGCUGGCCCUUUGGGGAGGUCAUGUGCAAGCUCAUCGUGGCCAUCGACCAGUACAACACCUUCUCUAGCCUCUACUUCCUAGCAGUCAUGAGCGCAGACCGCUACCUAGUGGUUCUGGCAACAGCAGAGUCGCGCAGGGUAUCCGGGCGCACUUACCGUGCCGCUCGAGCUGUCAGUCUGGCGGUGUGGGCUCUGGUGACGCUGGUGGUGCUACCCUUUGCGGUAUUCGCCCAGCUGGACGAGGAGCAGGGCAGGCGCCAGUGUGUGCUUGUCUUCCCGCAGCCCGAGGCGUUCUGGUGGCGCGCCAGCCGUCUAUACACACUAGUGUUGGGCUUUGCCAUCCCAGUGUCCACCAUCUGUGCCCUCUAUACUACGCUGCUUUGCCGACUGCGUGCUAUCCAGCUAGACAGCCACGCUAAGGCCCUGGACCGUGCCAAGAAGCGCGUGACCUUGUUGGUGGCCGCGAUCCUGGCUGUGUGCCUCCUCUGCUGGACGCCUUACCACCUGAGCACCAUAGUGGCUCUCACCACCGACCUCCCGCAAACUCCGCUGGUCAUCGGCAUCUCUUACUUCAUCACCAGUUUGAGCUAUGCCAACAGUUGCCUGAACCCCUUUCUCUAUGCCUUCCUGGAUGACAGCUUCCGCAGGAGCCUCAGGCAGCUGGUGUCCUGCCGCACAGCCUGA